GAAAACAUUGCUCGACUCUGGUUGCGUUGCACGCGGAACGUGCGCGAGUCUUGCGUAAUCGGAUAGAGAAACCAGUGCAACCAAUAAGCGUGUGUCCUUGCAUCAGCCGGCGGAGUUGGAGCUGCGAUACAUUGGAGCGCUGCAUUUGAUUCACUUAAACAACUUCAAUGACUCGCGAGCAUUAAUUAGGACUUUAUGACUGAAAUGCAAAAUAUAGUUUUUCCACUUUGUCGUCUUUACUCUGCGUACGGGUUACUCUGCUUAAAUAACCUACGUAACUUGUAAACUAUGUUAGCAAAUAAGGAAGUUUGCCAACGUAAAACCCGUAUUUGUUAUUGAAACACACGGUGAUCGCAGGCUGUUUUGUCUGUGUCUAUUGAAGUAGGAUCUGGUUUAAGGGUGGGAUCAGCUGGCGAUGAGUUACACGUGUUAAAGUGCAAGGGUCUCAGUCUACCUCAAGAGCUGGACUUUAUCACAGUCAACCAUUUGAUAUGAGAUUAAGGCUUUGAAGAGGACCGAGUCAUCACUCUCCUAUUGCUGUUUUAUUUUUUUUUAUUAAAAGCCAUCAUUUUGAGUUAUUGUUACUGCACUACAUACUUGCACCAAAGAUGUCUUGCCUAUUGCUUGGAGUACUAAGGAGGAGAAAUGGCAUCAGCACUGCUACAGUGGGGGCCCGGGCCCUCUCCUCCAUUCCCUCUCUGCCUUCGUCAGUGGGUGAGUUUGUGUCGGGCGCAGCGGCCGAGUGUAAACCCUCUAAAGUGCACGUGGUCACAGGCACACCUCAGGAGACAGCAGAUAUCCUGGCAAACCUGGAGAAAGACGGAAUGGUGAAAAAACUCACAAAAUAUGAGAACUGCUGGUUGGCUCGUACUGACCCAAAAGAUGUGGCUCGCGUGGAGAGUAAGACAGUAAUAGUCACUAAAAAUCAAAGAGACACUAUUCCCAUCCCUGCUGGAGGUGUUAAAUCCCAAUUGGGCAGCUGGAUGAGCGAAGAUGACUUCCAGAAAGCCAGAGAGGACCGCUUUCCUGGAUGCAUGACAGGACGCACGAUGUAUGUGAUUCCCUUCAGUAUGGGCCCAGUCAACUCUUCACUCGCUAAGUUCGGUGUACAGGUGACAGAUUCUCCAUACGUGGUGGCCAGCAUGGGCAUCAUGACACGCAUGGGUACACCUGUACUUCAGAAACUGGCAGAGGGGGCGGAGUUUGUGCGCUGCCAGCACUCUGUGGGCAAACCAUUACCGCUCAAAGCUCCAUUAGUGAACAGCUGGCCUUGUAAUCCAGAGAAGGUGCUGAUUUCACAUCUCCCAGACACCAGACAGAUCUUGUCCUUUGGCAGCGGUUACGGUGGAAACUCACUUUUGGGAAAGAAAUGCUUUGCCCUUCGCAUUGCCUCUCGCAUUGCCAAAGAUGAGGGCUGGCUGGCCGAACACAUGCUGAUUCUGGGAAUCACUAAUCCUCAGGGUGUGAAGCGGUACAUUGCGGCAGCCUUCCCGAGUGCUUGUGGUAAAACCAACCUUGCCAUGAUGAAACCGGCAUUGCCAGGUUGGAAGGUGGAGUGUGUGGGCGAUGACAUUGCCUGGAUGAAAUUUGACAGUCAGGGUAAGCUCAGAGCUAUUAACCCAGAGAACGGUUUCUUUGGAGUCGCCCCCGGGACGUCCUUCAAGACCAACCCUCACGCCAUGGCUACCAUAUCCAAAAAUACAGUGUUCACUAAUGUAGGAGAGACCAGUGAUGGUGGAGUGUGGUGGGAGGGUCUAGAAGCACCUGGACCUGGAAUCAAGCUCACAGACUGGCAUGGAAAGUCCUGGAAAUAUGGUGAUUCUACACUAUGUGCCCAUCCAAACUCCAGAUUUUGCACCCCUGCCGGUCAGUGCCCCAUCAUAGACCCCCGGUGGGAGAGUGAUGAGGGCGUCCCUAUUGAUGCUAUCAUUUUCGGUGGCAGAAGACCAGAGGGUGUUCCUUUGGUGUAUGAAUCGUUUAACUGGCGUCAUGGAGUAUUUGUUGGUGCUUCAAUGAGAUCUGAAUCUACAGCUGCUGCAGAACACAAAGGAAAGGUAGUCAUGCAUGACCCCUUCGCCAUGCGUCCAUUCUUCGGCUACAACUUUGGCGACUACCUGUCCCAUUGGUUAAGCAUGGAGCAGCGCAAGGCUCCGACCCAGCUUCCCAAGAUCUUCCACGUUAACUGGUUCCGGAAAGAUCAGAAGACGGGCUCCUUCCUGUGGCCAGGGUUCGGCGAGAACGCCCGCGUCCUCGAAUGGAUCUUCAAUAGAUGCGGCCGCACCAAUGAAGACGAAGCUGCAACCAAAAGCAUCGUGGGAUGGAUUCCUCAAAAUGGUGCCAUUAACACAAAAGGCAUGGGUGGGAAUGUAGAUAUGGGUGCCCUCUUUGAUCUGCCCAAACCUUUCUGGCAGAAAGAAGCACAAGAGCUCAGGAACUACUUCACCCAACAGGUCGGAUCUGAUCUACCUGCACAGGUGGAGGGCGAGCUGAGGGCUUUAGAGGAAAGAGUAAGGGAUUAAAUAGACACUACAUUACAUUAAUGCUGAGAGUGGGUUGGGGAGGUGUAACUGUUUUAAUGUGACUGUCUGUUGCACUGCACCAAAGAAAUGCAAACAUACACAGUCUGUAUCACUAUCAGUGGUAUAAAUGUCAAGGUGCCUUAAUAUAUCUUACAAUACAAGUGAAAAAGCUUUAUUUGAUGUUUACAUACUGCCAGUUUAGAUUAUCCUGUGUUUUAUAAGAGCAGAUUAUGAAUUUUCAGAGGACAUCACUUCUGUCAUUAAAACUAAAAACUAUAGGUACACUACUAACUUUGACCAAUAGCAGACGGAUCUUUAAGGAAAGCACCAAUUACACAACAUUUGUUUUUAAACUUACCACCUAUCAAAUGAAAGCUGUUUUUAAUUGUUUUUAUUUUUAAUUUAAAUUUUAUCAGCAGAAUGAUUGACAGAAUUCAGGUUUAUACUUGAACAAAGGUUGAAGGAUCUGGACCAAAGAAAACUGAAAACUGUAAAACUGUUGUUUAAUAUGUGAAUGUUUUUACCUUGGAUGAUGGAAUAAAACUGUAAAUCAA